AGUGCCCCGCACAAAGAUGGCGCCGCCCCCGUUUAUCCCUCCUCCCCCGCCCAUACCUCGUUGAGGGAGCGCUGGAGGCGGCUAUGCCGGCUGGGUGAGGUCAGUUCCGGGGCGGAGCAGCCCGAGUGGUGCAGUCAGGGCCAAACAAAAGGAGCCCGAGCAAAGGGGACGAAGCCGGUCAGGCGCUGCCAGGGAAGCUGCUCCCAUGGCGCUUGGGGAAUGCAGUGUUUCUGUGCUCUGUCAGGAUCCAGCACAUACGGACAUCAUCCUCUUCCAGCACAGAGAAUUGAAGUGCAGAUAGCAGAAUCCAGCCACAGGGUGAACCAUGAUUCCUGUCACUGAACUGCGCUAUUUUGCUGAUACCCAGCCAGCAUACCGCAUCCUGAAACCAUGGUGGGAUGUCUUCACGGACUACAUUUCCAUAGUCAUGUUGAUGAUUGCAGUGUUUGGAGGGACGCUUCAGGUCACCCAGGACAAAAUGAUCUGCUUGCCCUGCAAAUGGGUUACCAAAGACUCCUGCAAUGUCUUCAAAGGUUGGACAGCUGCAACUCCAGACCCCACUUACUAUAACUCUAGUCUUGUCCCAUCUCAGGUCACUGGCCUAGGGAUCCGAUAUGACCUAGACCGGCACCAGUAUAACUAUGUGGAUGCAGUGUGCUAUGAGAAUCGCCUUCACUGGUUUGCCAAGUAUUUCCCUUACUUGGUGCUGCUACACACUCUGAUCUUCUUGGCUUGCAGCAAUUUCUGGUUCAAAUUCCCACGGACCAGCUCCACUGAGCAUUUUGUGUCUAUUCUGCUGAAAGUGUUUUGACUCCCCUGGACGACAAGAGCACUGUCUGAGACAGUGGUGGAGGAGAGUGAUCCCAAGCCUGCCUUUGGGAAGAUGAAUGGCUCCAUGGACAAGAAAUCUUCCACAGUCAGUGAGGAUGUGGAAGCCACUGUCCCAAUGCUACAGAGAACAAAGUCGCGGAUCGAGCAAGGGAUUGUAGAUCGCUCUGAGACGGGCGUCCUGGACAAGAAAGAAGGGGAACAGGCCAAAGCGCUUUUGAGAAAGUUAAAAAGUUUCCGCACACACGUGGAGGAGGGAGACAUAGUCUAUCGCCUCUACAUGAGACAAACCAUCAUCAAGGUGAUCAAGUUCUUGCUGAUCAUCUGCUACACUGUCUACUAUGUCAACAACAUCACAUUUGACAUUGACUGCAAGGUGGACAUUGAGAGCCUGACAGGUUAUCGCAUGUACCGCUGUGCUCACCCUCUUGCCACUCUCUUCAAAAUCCUAGCCUCUUUCUACAUUAGCCUGGUGAUCUUUUAUGGACUGAUCUGCAUGUACACACUCUGGUGGAUGCUGAGGCGAUCCCUCAAGAAAUAUUCCUUUGAGUCCAUCCGGGAGGAGAGCAGCUAUAGUGACAUCCCUGAUGUCAAGAAUGACUUUGCUUUCAUGCUGCACCUGAUCGACCAGUACGACCCCCUCUACUCCAAGCGAUUCGCUGUCUUUCUGUCUGAGGUGAGUGAGAACAAGCUGCGGCAGCUGAACCUCAACAAUGAGUGGACCUUGGAGAAACUGCGCCAGAGGAUCACAAAGAACUCCCAGGACAAGCUGGAGCUGCAUCUCUUCAUGCUGAGUGGCAUCCCCGACACAGUUUUUGACCUUAUUGAGUUGGAGGUGCUGAAGCUGGAGCUCAUCCCUGAUGUUACUAUCCCACCAAGCAUUGCCCAGCUCACCAGCCUUAAGGAGCUGUGGCUCUACCACACGGCUGCCAAAAUUGAGGCCCCAGCCCUUGCCUUCUUGAGGGAGAACCUGAAAUCUUUGCACAUUAAGUUCACAGACAUCAAGGAAAUCCCUCUGUGGAUUUAUAGCCUAAAGACCUUGGAGGAGCUCCACUUGACGAACCUGAGUGCAGAGAACAACCGUUACAUUGUGAUCGACGGACUGAGGGAAUUGAAGCGGCUCAAGGUACUGCGGCUAAAGAGCAACCUCACCAAGCUGCCACAGGUGGUGACGGAUGUUGGUGUGCACCUCCAGAAGCUCUCCAUCAACAACGAGGGUACCAAGCUCAUUGUCCUCAACAGCCUUAAGAAGAUGGUCAACCUGACAGAGCUGGAGCUGAUCCGCUGCGACCUGGAACGCAUCCCACACUCUAUCUUCAGUCUCCACAACCUCCAAGAGAUUGACCUGAAGGACAAUAACCUCAAGACCAUUGAGGAGAUCAUCAGCUUCCAGCACCUACACCGUCUCACUUGCCUUAAGCUGUGGUACAACCAUAUCGCCUACAUCCCCAUGCAGAUCGGCAACCUCACCAACUUGGAGCGCCUUUACCUUAACCGCAACAAGAUAGAGAAGAUACCCACCCAGCUUUUCUAUUGCCGGAAGCUGCGGUACUUGGAUCUCAGCCACAAUAACUUGACUUCCAUACCAGCAGACGUUGGGCUACUGCAGAACCUGCAGAACCUAGCUGUGACAGCCAACAGGAUUGAGAGUCUCCCACCUGAGCUCUUCCAGUGCAGGAAGCUGCGGACCUUGAACCUGGGAAACAAUGUGCUGCAAUCACUGCCAUCUCGGGUGGGCGAGCUGACCAACCUGUCCCAGAUAGAGCUGCGGGGGAACCGCCUGGAGUGCCUGCCGGUGGAACUGGGGGAGUGUCCUCUGCUGAAACGCAGUGGGCUGGUGGUGGAAGAGGACCUGUUCAACACCCUGCCUCUGGAGGUCAAGGAGCGGCUGUGGAGAGCGGACAAAGAGCAAGCCUGAGCUGCUGACAGGAAGGCAGGGAAACCUCUAGACAGGAAACAAAAGGCCAUUCCAUUCCAAUUCCAUCUCCCAACCGUCCCAGCCAACACCAGACUAGCUAAGGAGAUCCUUGAAUAACCAACACGACUGGGAACACGGCUGCUUGCUCCCUUGGAUGCAGGAUGGGGGAGGUUCGGGGUCAGGGUGAGGACCAAGGCAGAGUGGGUGGCUCCUCCGCAACAGACAGUGGGAACAAAAGAGAUGCUGCUGUUCUGCAAGAUGAGAAGUGGGAUGAUGCCAAAGCUGCCAUGGAGUUAACCAGAACCGCUGGUGGAGCCAACUUAGUUCAGGGUAACUGCCUCUGAAUAUAGGGGAGAGAAAUGUGCUGAUCCAGUUACUGCUGCAUCGCCCUAGAUAGGGCUCUUAUGUACAUCAGGGACUGAGGAUGUCUUAGAGUCAAAGGACAAAAGUCCAGGGAGCCUCUUUAAAUUCAAACUCUACUUUGCUGUGACACUUUGUAUAGUUCCACGCUAUUUGCUGAUUUAAUCAGUUUUGGGCUUCUCUUUGAGGGGAGGGGGGUGGCACGGCUUUUUUAUUUAUUUAUUUUUAUUUUUAAUUUUUAAAGAUGCUGGCGUUUUUUGGUAACUUUACCUCAAAGAUCAACUUGCAUUCAGGACUGGUUUUUUUGUUUAAUUUUUUUUUAACCCAGUUUCCAUCUGCUGACUUGAGGUUGCACAGUCUUUACAGAUUCCAGUCCUUUGUGCUGGCCAGUAGAUCGCAUGGCCUGCUUCCCUAGCCUAAAUUAGCUGUUCCAGAAUGCUACCUACAUUGGGCUGUCAGUAGGCUGAAUUCCAGUUAUAUUUAGUAAAUGGGACAGGAAGGAUGCAGCUCAAUGCAUGCGAUAAGACUUGGGUGGAAAGCAGUAAGACUGUUUCUGCCAGAACACUGAGGUACUUCAAGACUUUGGAUUUUAAAAAGUGUUUUAACUACUUUUUAAACCUUUUUUCCCCCUCAGCAUUUUGUCUGGGGCAUUAAAAAUACAAACACACUAUUAGCCAGUGUUAAGUAUAACUCAAAAUAGGGGAGAUGCUGCCUGUAGCAGAGAGGAAUAUUCCCUACCCUUGCUGUGGGGAGAUAUAUAAAAAUUUUUUUGAGGUUUUGCCAGCAUCUUUUAGAAGUACAAUCUACAAAGCUACUCUUUUUGUUCCAGUCUGUUCAGCUGUCGAUUAUAGCAGCUGUCAUUCUUGCUGCUCCUCUUGGCCUACAUGAUGACAAGAGGCUAAUACUGAUUGAACUUGGUGCUUGGGAUGGUAACCCUGUCCUUCUCUCUGCCCUACUGUUAAGGAAGAGUAUAAGAAUCCUCCCUGAACUGGGCUCCUCCAGCCCCCUGGGAGGGGAGGCCCCAUAGUGACAAGAGAGGAAUCUGUGUUGAAACAAGGCUAACUUGUGACUGUUCAACAAAUCCCCUUCUGCAUUUGCAGAGGCAGCCAUAGCUUAGUGAUAGCUACUCGUAAUCAUGUCCUCAAACCAGGGUGGUUAAAGUGUGGCUUACAUUUCUACCAGUCACCCCAAAGCCACCUUGUGUUCAUUAGAAGGGGAAGCCUAUGGACCCAACAGCUCCAGUAAGCAAUGCUCCACCUUGCCCAGCUGCUUGGAUCCUCCAAGACUGGAGCACUGCCUGCUGGGAUAUGUAGUAUUUGCAGGCAUUACCUACAUAUUAAAGGGGGGAGGGCGGGUGGGCAGGCACUGGGUUCCUGGCAAGCUGCCACUGAAGCCCUGAGUUGGGCAAAGCAUAGACACCCUCUGUCUCAGAUAUUCCGGGCAAUAACGAACACUACAGCUUCUCUUUCUGCAUCGGAUGUAAUACACACUAGAAAUGCUGGAACAAUCUGUUAACUAGGCUCUGGAUUUGUUGAUGCUCAGAUGUUUAAAUAAAGCUACAUUGAAAGCUAGGAAAACUUAGCUUGUUUAUAGAAAUGCUUCUAAGAAGGGUAUAAAGUCUGCCUCCCUUAGUCCAUUCAUCAUGAAAAGUCAAACAAUCCAAAGGGAUAACGCAAUCAACUCUUGUUUGCAUGUUUUCCUAGUUCCCCUCCUUUCCAGAGGAAAAAGUGCUGUAAAAGCUCUUCUGGAUGACAGGUUCACAUUUCUAACGUGAUUUUAGUGUGUGUUGAAAUUACAACAGAGAUGGGGCUAUUGGUGAAAGGAAGAUUUUUUUUUUAGCUAUUUCAUAAUGCACUGUAUCAGAGAUCAGACUGGGAUUUAGAAGUGUGAUGCUGAUGAUUUGCAGAGUGGGAUUUACCAAUCAUGCUAGGGUUUUGUAUUCACAAGGAGGGCAGCGAACCUGCUGGGGGGGACUUGAGACUGCUUACUCAGAAAAUUGAUCUGUUUCAAGAUACAGUACAAAUGCUGCUUUGAACUAACUCUCCAUAGUCAGAGUAAGGACCUUUCAGAUGUGGGAGGGAGUCUCUUUCCUACUCUGCUAGAUGAAAUCUGGUGUUUUGCAAUUCUUUACUGAGCCCUGAACCAGUUCUGGGACUGUAUGAUUAGGACCCAUCUACUCUACAGCAGUCAUGGUACCUGGUUACAAAACAACUUACUAGUUGUAGCAUGCACAGACCUAACUGGUCCUUGGACUGUGCGGAGUUAUAAC